AUGUCGCUUGAAGGAGGAAGCAACGUUACGGGGCCAAAAUUGAAGUUGCACGGAAAGGAAUCUGAGACAAAGUCAGAAGAGACAAAUGCUAAAGCCAGAAAAAGAAGUCAGAAAUGGGUCACCACGCAAAAUUUAACAUCAGUGGCAUCCUUCUUUCCGUCAUCUAUUCACAAAUCAAGAAUGCCAUUUGAAGACGGCGCGUACGAAGAAUAG